UUUUCCAGAAACUACUAAAAUAAUAGUCGUUAGGAAGUCCUAGGUAUAUGCCUACAUAUCAUUGACCCAAAAAACCACCCCAACUGAUCGGCAUAUAUGCCAUACAUGGAGUGUCUGGGAUAUGGCACUGCGUCAAAACAGGGCGUCCUCGUUGACCACUGAAAGGUGAUCAGAAUCGAUUCCGGCAGAUGUAUGGCGCGGAUGGACCGGAUGGUUUUGUUUGCCACAGGUGGGGCCGCCACGUGGACGGGACGAUGCGGAGAUUGAGAAGCUCUUCGGGGGUUCUGGACUACAACCAGGAUGGGCUGCUCUCCGGCGAGGAGUUGCGCGCAUGGAUCCAGAAGGAGGACGAUGUGAUGAACGACGAAGAGGCGGAGGAGGAGGCCAAAGUGGCCUUGGAGGUCUUUGACCACGACAAGGAUCUCAGCCUUAACAAGGCGGAGUUCAAGGAAGCCAUCAAUUCCAGAGAGGAGACACCACUUUCCCCAAUGUUCCACUUGACCACCGGUCAAGAAACGCCAGGGUGAUCCCAGUUUGGAAUCAGAUGACCAUGAGCUCGAAGAGGAGAUCAGCGCUCAGGAGACUGAGCAAUGAUCGCUUGACCUUCGAGCGCCGCUUUGAAGGAAAAAA